AUCCCCAGCACCACCAAAAACCAGACAGUCUUCAAAGAAAAGCUAAGUAACUGCAAAGGAAUAGCCCAUCUUUUAAUUUUUUUUUUUUUUUAAUUAUCAGUACUGGGGAUUGAACCCCUGGGUCCAUUACCAUUCAGCUAUAUCCCCAGUCCUAUAUUUUUAUUUUGAGACAGGGUCUGAGUUGCCCAGAUUGGCCUUGAAUUUUCGAUCCUGAUCCUCCUCCUUCCACUUCCCAAGUAAUGGAUUACAGGUGAAUGCCACCAUGCUGGACAAGACCACGUAAUAUGAAAGGGCAUAUUUUGUUUCACCAAAUGCUGGGCAUCAAUUCCCAGGAUUGAUGAUGAUUGGGGAAGACCGAUUUCUGUAAUCUAAAGUGCUAACCAGAGGGGAUGCUUUGUGAACUUAAUUUUGGAUUGGUCCGUGCUUCCCAGGGAGGAAUUUGGAGAGCAUCAUAAAGCAUAGCAUUUAGUGCAGCGCAUAGGUACCUAAACCUCUGUGUGGGAUAUGAAGCUUGCUUCCAGACUUGAGUCCCCACCUCCCGGCAUGCCGGCCUCACCUCGUCCCUUCCACCCAUAGUCUUAAUGGUAGGGCCUGGUUCUCGUAGUACCUCCCCCUUCUGGUAGGCGGAGUGGCUGGGCUCGAAGGUCCCGCCUCCCCGCCACAUGCGCGCUGCGGGCCCCGUUUUCCACUCUCGCGUGGAGUUUUUGUUUCGUGAGCGGAAGUUCUGGGUUAAACCUGGUGAUUCGAAGUCUGACUGCCCUCCUGCUUGGUGCUCAGUCGUAGCAUCUUCACUGUAUUCUCCCUUCCGCCCCAGCAUCCCCAGUCGGCUCGGCGCGCGGCCGGAUUCCAGGCGCCAUGGCUCCUCGCGGGAGGAAGCGGAAGGCCGAGGCCGCUGCGGUCUCCACGUCGGAGAAGCGGGAGAAACUGGAGAACGGCAAGGAACAAGUAGAGGAGGCGGUCGUCAUUGAGCAUUGCACUAGCUGACGCGUCUACGGGCGCAACGCCGCGGCCCUGAGCCAGGCGCUGCGCCUGGAGGCUCCGGAGCUUCCCGUGAAAGUAAAUCCUUCCAAGCCCCGGAGGGGCAGCUUCGAGGUGACCCUGCUGCGCCAGGACGGCAGCAGUGCCGAGCUCUGGACCGGGAUUAAGAAGGGACCCCCACGCAAACUCAAAUUCCCCGAACCUCAAGAAGUGGUGGAAGAGUUGAAGAAGUACCUUUCGUAGGCGAUUUGGGCAGAAGUCCUCAUGCUGAGCUGUCUCUGGUGGUGUUGGAGCAUUUAUGAUGGGACAUGGCUAAACUUCAGUCAUGUACCUGAAGCCAUUUCUUCCACUCCAGAAAUGAUACAGAUGAGGCAACCCUCUAGUAAGGCAUUGUAAAAAUAUUUGAAUUUGGUUUGUUUAAUAAAAGGUUAAAUAAAGUA